GCCGAGUUGAUUUCUGGCCGAGUUGACUUAUGGCCGAGUUGACUGUGGCCGAGUUGACUUGUGGCCGAGUUGGAUCGAAUUCACUCAAGCAUCCUAUCCGCUUUCUCAAAAUGGUUGUUUUACUGUUGUUACGUCGUAAAUAAGACUAUCACUGAUGCAAAGACUCUCCAACUUGUACUGGUAAACAGAAGCAAACAAAAAAGAAAGAGAAAACAAAACACAGAAUAGAGGGUUCAGUUAACGUAAAAGGCAAAUAACCCAGAGAAAAAUCCACAGUUACCAAAAAGAAAUAAGUCAGUAACAGAUUCAAGACUGUAAUGUGGUGUUUAGAUGAGAAUAUGGACUUUUUAUUAAAAGGCAUGGAGAAAAUUGCUAUACAGUAGGCAAGAGUUUCAGCUAGACAAAGAAACAGAAACCAGAAUUGAAAGUUGUAAUAAUUUGUAUAUUAUUACUGUAUUGCCUUAGCCAUUGGUAAAUAUUGAAUGAGAGCAGUUUCUAUUUACUUGAAAGCGGACAGCUAAAAUGAUCUGGAUUGUUGAUAUUACUUUCAAUACAUAUCUGCAUCCUGGUAGUGUCUGAGAUGAGUUGAUUCUUUUUUAUCAUAAUGUCAUUUGAGCUUGAAGUUGCCGAGUUGGUUCCCAUACUCUUGUUAUCGGGUGUUGUCAUAUUCCUGAACAUCAUUUUCUGCUGUUAUCUUAUAAGAUUGCGACAUGAAGCUCAAGUGGAAUGCGGAUAUAGAAAGGUAAAAUUUUCUAUAAGAACAUCACCUAAUGAUAGUUGUCCCGUUUGUUUAGAAGAUUUUACACCUGGUGAAAAGUUGGGUCAAACACCUUGUCACCACACAUUCCAUCUACAUUGUAUAUCAACAUGGCUGCAGCAGAGAAAUACUUGUCCUAUAUGUAACGCAAGACCGAGGCCUGUGCCAACGGAAAGAACCGCUUUGGUAAGCAUUUCACAGAGCUUAUGAAGCUACCAGCAUAAAGAUAAGCACUCAUCGUUGUCUUCCAUCAAUCACGUACCAGCAGAUAUGUUACCCUUGUAUAUACAACAUAUAAUUUUUUAUACCAUAUCGAUGACAUCAUUUUGUAAAAAUGAUAUUUCUGGUUGCCUAUCUCAAUGCAGUUGUAAGGCUGAGUGGAAAUAUUUUUACAUUGUUUUUAAUUGAAGUGUCUUGAGACAACCUAGCGAUUGCAUUAGUCUAUAAAGUUAUAUCUACAUGCAUUAAAUUUGUUAUGGGUAUCAACAAAAUAUAUUUUUUUUCGCUUAUGCACAUGAUACAAACAAAUGUGCAAGUAGAUGAGAGGGUACAAAGAGGAUAUUUUUCUUGUGAGGUACAUCUAGAAGUACUAUGUUCGAAUGUAGCUAUAUUUCAUGUUUGGAUGUAACUAAAGGCAUUGCAAAUUGUGGAUUCCUUGAAGACAAUUCGUUCUAGCUACAUCUAGAAAUAUUUUGUUUCGAAUACAGCUUAUGUUUGGAUGUAACAAAAGACAAAACAUUGAGGAUUCCUUGAAGACUAUGGUUCUUGUUUGAUCAGAUUCAGUAUCCCUAUGGGCAGGCAUGGAACAAAACAUUUAUGCCUCCAACCAUGAAAAUUGUCUCGAUAAAAUUUUUCCAGCAUCAAAUGUUUUCUGUACACUGUAUAGCCCAAGGUUCAGUUUAUUUUUUUGAAUUUUUUCCCCCAAAAAAUGGCUCCAGGGCAUUCAUGAUGCCUCCCACUGCCGGGUUGCGUGGUCGCACACUUUUUCUAGCCCUGCCUACUAGCAGCAUUCCCUGUAAGAAGCAUUCCUUUUGUGAGAUAUAUUCCAGCUGUUGAUUCUAUUCCACUCCCAUUGAUUUGAUUGGACACCAUGUAAUGUAAUUUUCAUGACCAUGGCAUUGCUUUUAAUUUUGAAAGUUGUUAUAUGACAAAAUGUUUUAAGUAGUAAUGAAGUAGAUGGCAACCUCAGAGUUUGUUUCAAUGCAUCCAUAAAUUUAGUUGCAAUUUGUUCAUAGUAUAUGUACACCUAAUGGAAUGGUGGACAUUGCUGAUGUGGGAACCAAUUAUCCAAUAUCAGUUUUUUUUUUAGAAGCAAAUCUAAGUGCAUCUCAUUAGAGAUAGUGCAUUAAAAAUAUUGAUUUUAAUAUUUAUAUUUUUUAUUUUAUUUAUUUAAUAAACUUCUCACAAAUGCAAACAUACAAAGGCGAAGGAGACGAGCCAACAGGUGACGAACACCUCUACAAGGGCUCGCUCCUUACAAAAUAAAUACAGAAUUAGAAAUCUGGAUAUAAAAAAUGACAGCACAAACACGAAGACAAUAAAGGAAUAAGAAAAAUCGAGAAAAGAAUAAUGGAAACAAGAAUUGCCACAGUGAAUAUAAAAAUCAUUAAUUAGAAAUUGCCAAGAAGCAGCCUCAAAAAUUGCAGGGGCUACAAAGUCACUCCUCGCAAAGAAUACAUUUUUAGAUAUUAAUACAGGGUUAAAUAGUAAAAUGAAAGUUAUAAAAUUAAUCAUUUCUGACAUUUCAUUAUGAAGUUCAGAAGUUUAAAUAUAUAGAUUACUACAGUCGUGUCGUCACAACGAUAGCAACAAGUAGCAUCACAUGGUAUCAUGACGUAACACUGUAGUACUAUAUAGCUGUUUAAAGAACAGUAUUUGAGAAGUUUACGAUUUUGAACAUUUCUCAUGGUAGAGACCAUCACCAAAUCGUUAAAAGUUCUUGUUUUAACGUCAAAAAUGGGGAAAGUGAGAACAUGGGUAGCAUGAUGUAUAAAUAUAUAUAGUUUAUCGAAAAAAUUCAUCUGUUUUCAAUUGUGUGUCAGAUAUGAAAUUCCUUUUAGAUAAAACCUAAAAUGCUUAGCAGUAAGCAUGUUAGGGUUUAUCUAAAAGGAAUUUCAUAUCUGAUAUAUAUAGUUUAGUUUAGUAUAAUAAAAUAGAGUAAAACACAAUUUACCAGGAAUGACUGGUUUGACUUGUCUUCACCACAAAUUAUAUCCAGGAGCUGAACCCUGGCCCUCUCCCAUCAACACAGCCCACCAAAAGCUGAGGUACCCAAACCUUGUCAAAUAGCCCUACAGCAGAAUUGAUUGAUAGCAUGUUGUCACAGAAUAUAUAUUUUUUUGUACACAACAUGACCCUCUACAAAUUGGUGAUCACUUCAAUACAAGUCAAUAACAGUAAUAAUAUUUGAUUGUUUUGUUUUUCCAAGCAGUAUACUGUAUAGUUAUUUACUGUAUUUGUAUACAUUUUAAUGAAUAUUCAAGUAAUUUCUAUAGUUAUUUUGUUGAAAAUGUGCAAUAUUAUAAGUAUGAUUUAGCUUCAUUAGCUAUUUUAUUUUUUAUAUAAUUUUGUUUUUAAUACUUUUUUCUUUGUUCUUAAUUUCUGCGAGAUGAAUGCUGUAAAUAUUUUGUAUGAUUUUAAUUACAUUUCAAAACCAAAAGAAAAAUUGCAAAUCUACAUUAAAAAAUAUAUUUUAUGAACUUUAGUACAACUGUGAUUGACACAAUCCUUUUUAACAAUGCAAUAGAUCUGUUUUUUUAAAUAUACAGUAUCUUAGAGAAAAUGCUGCAAAUGUUAUGGAAAUGCAGAAUCUUUAAAACAGAUUUUGAAGUUUGUUGCCACAGUGAUUUACAGUUUUUCAGGUUUUCCAAGUUGAAGAAAGUCAUUUCUGAGAGAUCUUGUUGAAUGAGAUUUUUUAACAAAUCAAAUUUAUGUUUUUUGCCAUGCAUAAUGAUACGCAUAAAUAUACAAAUAUUACAGUAUGAAUUUGCAGGAAAUGGGUUAUUUUCCAGGAGAAUCUUGCUUGCUUACAUGAGUGCAGGAGGCCAUCUCAAUUUUUGGGAGACUCCAGUGAAACACUGAGAGUGUCACAGUUCUGGGACACUCAGAACUUCUGCUAUUUUUAAAACAAUGUAAUGGAUUCCUGUGUUUAAAAAUUAGGAUCUGCAACAAUGGUGUAUACAUACUACAAAAUAUAGUUUACUAGAGUACUAAACCAUGAAUAUGCCUUAAAAUAUAUAGAUGAGGUUUAUGAGAUUAAGGUCUUCAAAUUAUGUGUCUACAUAUUAAUAUAUAUUAAUAUAUAUAUAAUAUAUUUCGCUAAGGGUUUAUAAAUAAUCAAAAGAAUACAGAAACUCCUCAGUCAGUAGACUAUUUUCAGUCAUGCCUUCUGCAGCAUCGGGUAUAUGUAUGAUAUUUUUAUACAAUCCAUUUAGUAUAAAAAUAU